GGAGGUGCCAGCUUCGGCCCCUUUAUUAUGGUAAACGGAUGGCACUCGGGGGGCCGCUGCCCGUCCAGUCCGUUUCCCGGGGGUCCCGCGGGGCCGAGAGGCACGAUGUGAGCCGGCCCGCCCCGUCGCCGCACCCCUUCUUCCCUGACCUCCCUGCAACCCGCGCCACCCGCAGAACACCAUGCGGUGAUCACCGCCUGAAACAAAAGACCUGAAGGAAUUCAGGAGCUACUCACUGAGGAAGUUAAUCCCCCAGACCAACCGGGUCCUCACUGCCGUACCUGGAAAGACCAGUCCUCUGAGCAAGCCCAUGCUGGACACCUCUCCUUCCAGCCUUCCGUCUGAGCCAAUCAGCUGGAGCCACAGUCAAGAUGGCGGCCAAGCAGCCCCCACCUCUCAUGAAAAAGCACAGCCAGACGGAUCUGGUGAGCCGUCUCAAGACCCGGAAGAUCCUUGGAGUUGGAGGGGAGGAUGAUGACGGAGAGGUGCACCGGUCAAAGAUCAGCCAGGUCUUGGGAAACGAAAUCAAGUUUGCUGUUCGGGAACCCUUAGGGCUUCGGGUAUGGCAGUUUGUCUCGGCUGUCCUCUUCUCCGGCGUUGCCAUUAUGGCCCUCGCCUUCCCCGACCAGCUCUACGAUGCCAUCUUUGAUGAAGCCACAGUGACCAGCAAGACCCCCAUCCGGCUCUAUGGUGGGGCGCUCCUCAGCAUCUCGCUCAUCAUGUGGAACGCCUUGUACACAGCCGAGAAGGUCAUCAUCCGCUGGACCCUGCUGACAGAAGCCUGCUACUUUGGGGUCCAGUUCUUGGUGACCACCGUCACCCUGACUCAGAGCGGACAGAUCUCCAUGGCGGCUCUUCUCCUCCUCGCAAGCCGCAUCCUCUUCACCCUCAUCAGUGUUUACUACUACUACCAAGUGGGGCGGAGACCCAAGAAAGUCUAGAGCAGAGAAAACCAGACGCUUCGCCAGUUUGGGCUUGGAAAGGACAGAUCGUGGUUGGAUCCCUGUAGGGUUGGGGUUUCAUAUAGGUUUUUAAUCUUGGUUGCUCCCUUGAGUCUUAAAGGGACCCCCUCUUCCACUUCCUGGAGCAGCCCCCUUGUGUGGGUGGGAGGGACGGAGAGAGGGAAGGAGGGAGGCUGGGGUUUUGCUCGCUGGGCAGGCUGGGGGGGGAUAGGGACCUGAGAUGGGGGAGGGAAUGACAAAGAGGCAUCCUGGCCAAGCCACCUGGCUACUACCUUUUGCCAGAAUGAAGCCCUGGUUCCACGUGUCCCCCACUUCCUGGUGGGCCUUGGGUUGGGGAAACCUCGAGGUUCUCCUGAAAAAAAUCUAGCAGCGAUGAGCCCUCCCCUAGGUUUCCUGAAGCACCUCCCCCUUGGCCUCCACUCACCACCUCCCCCAUCCUCACUUAGUGACCCCGGGGGAAAUGGAGUGAGGGUUGUGGACUAUAUCUUGGGGCUGACCGGGAACUCCAGCCAGCCUGGUUGUGACAGGGCUCGAGUCCAGGGACCUUUUGGGGCUCAGCAAUGAUAGAGGGGGUCUGGCUUGGAGGAACCAUGGAAUUGACAUUUGGCGCCCUCAAUCUCGCCCCCAGCCACUUCGGCCCUUCCUGUCAGGACAGCAGCUGUCGGCCCUCAAAGAAAUGUCCUUUCCAAGGGGUUGAGAAGCAAGUAUUUGGUUCGGGAGUGACAGAGUGGUCAGGCAGAGGCUGGUACUUGGGGGAUGGGCACCAGUGGUGGGGAGAAGGAGGAGGAAGAGGAGGCAGCAGUGGCCAGAAGGGGAAGAGGCAGGAUAGCCCAUGCCGAUCCCUAUUUGAGGGAGGAGCAACAGAACCAAAGUGUUUGCCUUGCUUUCUCUGCCU